UAAGAAGGAAACAAGGGAGGUAUAUAGCUUUAGUAGAUUGUCCCCACACACCAGGCAUUUGGGGGCAACCUACCAACAUGAAGUACUGUCCACAAAACCGAGUCAAGCUUGCCUUUUCAGUCUCGAGACCUAAGAGCGCCACCUGGACUUUCGCAGCAGAGAUGCUGGAUACACUAGAUGCUGUUGCGGGUGGCUAUGUACGCUCUGCUGUGAAUCGGAAUCCGCCCGUGCAAGCAGAAGAGAGCUUCUUGGCCCGCCUCCUCGAGCAAGACGCAGCUGCUCAACAACUCCUACUAUGUUUCUUUGGCCUUCAUCAAUUUGGUUCAUACUCCUCGUCACAUAGUGCUAUCGACACGACUUCUGCGUCGCACGUCUUGCCAUCGACAGUGCCACCUUCAUAUGACACUCAGAUCCACAACAUGUCUGGUUCUCGCAUCAAGCCUAUCUCGUAUCUGUGCUCUUCCCUCGCAGGAAAGAGACUGACAAUGAAGAAGUCCGAAGGGAAACGAUUUCCAUGCCUCUGGAAGGAGUUUUGUACCCACCAUCAUCUAUGCUUACGCGCCCGCAACAAUCCCAACCUCAAAGAGGAGCUUAUGCGUUAUAUCCGUUCGCCAUCCGUUGAAGAGCUCGUGCAAACUGAGAGUUAUCAUCUGAAAUGCCCUCUGUUUGCCUCAUCAAUACCGAAUCCCUUCAGGUCAUGGAUGUUGCAGUAUAUGCCAGUGUUUCCCCCUGAGAUCCGGCACACGUUAGACGCACACGGAUGCUUCAACAGAAAAGAGAAAGUUAUUUGGUCGACCAGCCGGACGUAAUAUUCUGGGAACGGCCGCGGUCAGACAAACGCAUUCCUUCGCACAUAUAUACAUACUUCCCAGUGGAUAGGGCGAGUCAUCUCGCGGGCCCAGACAACCCUAAAUCAGUUCUCCUUCACUACCUUGCCGCAGUACUAUCGACCGAUGAGCGCCUAGAAGAUACCUGGACACUUUACUACAACGUUCA